GUACUCAGCCCUUUGUCGCAGUACCGUCUGCGCCUCCGCAGACCACCGUCUCCCCUCCUUCCUCGCUGCAACUACCGACGCGUCGAGCCAUUCGCUCAGCCCGUUGCAGCGAGCAGCUUGGUACUCGCGAGGACGUUGUGUCCUCUCUUCUGGACUUGAGCAUGCUCGAGGCUCGUCAGGAGCGACUCACCCUCAAUGUCGCUGCACUGCUUCGCCUUCUCGCCAUCCUCUUUGACCCUGAUCGCACCCUCGCGAUCAUCCCAGUACGACUUGGAACCUCCACGAGGGUGUACUCAGCGCUGUGGGAUUCCGGUUCUCAGGGCGACUUCAUUCACCCACGCGUGGUGAAGGAAGCCCACUUACCCACGACAGGGUCUCCGACUCCCAUCUCCGUUACCCUAGGGGAUGACAAGACCCAGCGCUUCUUCGAUCAGACGGUCACCGACCUCUUCUUCUUCCUCACUCUCGAGCCGACUGAUCGUUCCCCGGCGUCUCGUCGCCACCGCUCCUCUGCACAUUUCGAUGUGAUGGAGACGGGGUACGACUUCAUUCUCGGCACUCCGUGGUCUCGUCGGUUCCACAACACCGAGGCCGAUCGGGCGACCAACACUCUCGUUCUCAAAACGAAGUGUGGCCAGACGUAUCGCGUACCUUUCAUAGGUACCACGGCGAUACCACGCCCCGAUCCUCCUCCCCUGGAGCCGUCAAUGCCCACACCAUCCCCCUCUAUCACUGUCACCUCGCCUCGGCAGUUCGCUCACUUCAUUCGACAGGACGACGUCACCUUCUUUAUGGUGGACGUGACGGAUCUCUUACACUAUCAUCCACCAUGUCCCGACGCCAAGCUCAUCCCUCUGAAGCCAGAUUCUCCCUCUAUCUCCAUGGCUCCCAUCUCUACUUCCGUCCCUCUGCCGUCCGUCGAGUCCACCCCGCCGUCGGGCGCUGACGCUGACGCUGAGGAACUCGCACGAUAUACGGAUGACCUGGAGCCCACAGUCUAUGACCUCAUCCGAGAGUACCACGACGUUUUCCCAUCGUCGUUCUCGUACGCUGGCAUCCCACCGAUGCGUGACGUCGAGCACUCCAUUCAGCUUGUGCCUGACUAUCGUUCCAUCUCGAUGGACUUUAUCGGUCCUCUUCGUCCUCCGACCCCUCGCGGUCAUGAUGCUAUCCUGGUCGUCGUCGACCGCUUCACGAAGCGUGCACGCUUUGUUCCGUGCCGCUAUGUCAUCAGUGCACGUGAGGUCGCCGAUAUCGUGUUCGACCGAGUCGUGCGUGACCACGGCUUACCUCUGAGCAUCAUAUUUGACCGUGACCCGCGCUUUACCAGCCGAUUCUGGCGACGGCUCCACAAGGUAUACGGCACUCAGCUCCGCUUCUCCUCGUCUUACCAUCCUCAGACUGAUGGUCAGACCGAGAUCACGAACAGGACUCUCGGAGAUAUUCUUCGAAAGAUUGUUCGUGACGACCAGCAGUGGGAUCUUCAUUUUGCCCACGCGGAGAUAGCCUACAACCACGCCGUCUCGCCAGCCACGGGGAUGUCGCCUUACUAUUGCGACCUCGGCUAUCACCCUCGUGUUCUCGCGGACUUCCUUCGACCGUCCCAGAUGCACCCUGACACGAAUUGUCCCGCGCUGGAUGAUUGGGUUGCACACAUGACGUCGAUUAUGAAGACCACACAGGAGCACAUAUGCGCUUCCCAGACUCGCAUGGCAGCACGUACGAACCGAUCGAGAAUGGAUCACCCAUUCAAAGUCGGUGAUGAUGUGCUUAUCGACGCCCACCACUUACAGCUCGAAGCGGACACGCUUCGCAAGUUUCGGCGUCGCUUCUUUGACCCAUGCCGCAUCCUCCAGGCCGUCGGUUCUGAUACGGGAUCUAGCCCGGUCAGCUUUCGUGUGAAGCUACCCGACUACCUACGCCAGGCUCGUGUGCAUGAUGUCUACCACGUCUCGUUACUGCGUCCUUAUCGCAAACCGUCUGAGCGUUUCGCUGGACGACCAUACGAGCGCCCUCCACCCAUCAUGGUGGACGGUCACGAGGAGUUCCUCGUUUCAGACAUCAUUGGUCGCCGAGUCACCGACGACAACCCUCCCCACGUCGAGUAUCUCGUAUGUUGGAAGGGUUACCCUGAUGAAGAGGCUACCUGGGAGCCCCUCGAGCACUUGCAGCAUGCUCGCAUGUUGGUGCGUGCCUAUGAUCAUGCUCGUCGUGCUGGGUUCACUGCUCCUCCUCAGCCCACUGACCUUCCUCCUUCUCCUCCGGCUGAGGAGAUCGCUGAAGUCGAGCCUACUCCAUCUGAGGCAGACCUUCAGCAGCAGCCGGAUGCUUCUGAGCGUCCACAACGCACUCGUCGCCGUCCUGCUCGAUACGACGAUUGACUAUGACUUACCUUCCCACGUCUUCGACUUCUCAGUACUCCAUCCACAUCAGUUUUGCUACUUUUGCUCGUCGACGCUGCGGCUCUUCCUCGAC